AUGGAUCUCUCUACCAGUGCUGUGGUCUUCCUGUUCCUCACCUACCACCUCUGUGAGGCAGGAGAUCGGAAGUAUAAUUCAGUCCUCACGGUGCCCAAUGGCGGGAAGUGGGGAGAAUGGGGGAAAAUUGAAUUCUGUCCCUCAGGAUAUGCAUCUGGAUUCUCAUUGAAGCCAUCAGUAGAAGAUUUUGAUGGUGAUGCUACCGGCCUCAGUGGCAUCCGUCUCCAUUGCAGUAGUGGUGAAGUUAUACAAUCUAGAGUCGGACUGUGGGGAGAGUGGAAAGAGGUUAAGAAAUGCCCCUCCAAGGCCUACCUGGUUGCCUUCGCUCUGAGAGUGGAAGACGAACAUGGGAAAAUUGAUAAUACAGGAGCCAACAACAUCGAGUUCAACUGUGGAGAUGAGACUAGACUGGAGGGCAACGGACUGGACUUCGGUAAAUACGGCCCGUGGAGCAAGCGCUGCACCGCUGGUGCCAUCUGUGGGAUUCAAACAAAGGUGCAGGGUUUAGUUGACCUUGAUAACACAGCACUUAAUGAUGUCAAGUUCUUCUGCUGCGACUGA